AUGAUGAGUGCGGCGGAAUCAAGCCAGCCCUGGACGUACGCCCGGACGGCCGAAGGGUCGACGGACACGGCGUCGCCGGACGCGACUCUGUCGGAGAGCGCCUUUGAUUCGACCAGCCCAGGCAGCAGCUACCUCUACGGCUUCGCGGGCGCGGGCGCAGGGACCUUCGCCAGCACGGCUCUUGCCCCGCGGCCUGGGCCUAGCAAGGGCACCAAAGGCAAGCCGAAGCAUAUCCCCGGCGGCCGCGUCAAACGGUACCACGAACGAUCAAUGCACGGCUGCCUCACUUGCCGCAAGAGGAGGGUCAAGUGCGACGAGACCAAGCCCGUAUGCCAGAGGUGCGCCUGCGGCGAUCGAGAGUGCGUAUAUGUCAGCGUCGACACGGCCGCCUCGUCGUCCAAGACAUCGGCAUCACAGGACCUCAGCCCGACUCGAGCCUUCAACGCCGAAUCCAGUGAGCGCCGUCACCAGCCCUCCAGCGCUAGCUACCCCAUGUCAGCGCUUCUGCACCCCGGCGCGGGCAACGGCGUCAAGCGCGAAAGCCACGACUCUGGUGCGGCACCGCUGUUCCAGACCGGAUACCAAAGGCUGCCGCCGCUCUCCAACGGCUUCCGCAUUGACGAGGGCUACCAUCACGUCGGCACAUCCGACGGCUGGAGCACGGCCGGGGCGCCGGCGCAAGGCGAGGACGGCUUCCACACCGAGCUGGAUGCUGCCGGAAGGCGGGCCGCAUCCGAGAGGCAUGCCUACGAGCCCGACUCCUCCGGUGCCGGCCCGGUCAGGAAGCUCGCGCGCCUGUCCGGCUUCUCCGCGAGGCCUUCGGUGGUGGAUUCGACCUCGACAAACCACCGCAGCAUGCCCUCACAACCCAGGGAGUUUGAGCCUCUGGCUGCUUUCUCUUUUGACAGUCUCGCCCCAUUCCUUCCGACUGUCGAAGAGCAGUCCCUCUUCCGCCACUUCGUCUUCGAGGUCGCGCCUAGGCUCUGCACUCAGGAUCUGUCUCUCGUCGAGAAUCCCUGGGUCCGUCACAUCGCUCAGUUGGCGGUGAGGGAACCCGCUGGUGCCACCGGCUUUUCCGAGUCGCUCCGAUCCGCCAUCCUCAGCAUUUCUGGCCUCGACUUGUCCAGAAGGGCGUCUCCUGUCCCGGCUGGUCGCCCACACUCGAUGCGGAUGAGUCCGAGGAGCGACAUCCGGUCGCCCUCCUUCGAAGGACAACAGACCCGGAACGGCGGCGGCGGUGCAGCGCAGACGGCUAGCGGAAUGGCUGCGAUUCCAGCUUCAUCCACACCUUCGGCCCCGGCAGACAACCUUGCAUCCGCAUUCCUCCUCGAGCUCAGCAGUCGUCGCCGCGAGGCGAGCUUCAAGGCGCUAAGUUCGGCCAUCAGCGGCCGCAAUGAUCGCAACGAUCGCCUCACCCGUGCCGAUGCCGUACAGAUGCUCGCUGCCGUCCUCUGCCUUUCGGUCCGGGACCGACUCGCGGGACACACCGACUGGCGAGGGGCCCUCCGAAACGCAACGAGUACCAUCGUCGAGCUGGGUGGGCCUGCCGCCCUUGUCGAUGCUGCAGACGGCGCCAGCCAGUUCAUGGUCGAGCAGCUGGCAGCUUACGAGACGCUCGACACCUUGAUCGUGGAGCCGCCGCCUCUGUUCCUGCAGCCGUGGGAUACCUGGUGGCACCGCCUCAUGGGCAGCUCGGAAGAGGCACGCAGCGACGACUCGGUCUCGCAGACGCUCGGCAUCCGGCGCGGGCUCAUCGACCUUCUGGCACGCAUCACCAGGGUCGAGGUGACACGCAAAGAGCUGCAGUCCAGGACGGGCCGCAGCGUUACCCUCUCGGACACCGGCGCCAUCCCGUCGGCGCCACUGCCAGCCGAGUACGAGGAGACGCGUGUUUGGCUCGACUCGACCGUGCGCGGGCUGCGAGCGGAGAUCUCGACCUGGUGGACUCGGUCCACUUCGGCCAAGGGCAUCACGUCGCCCCACACUAACCUGCUCGACCUCGUCAACGACCUAUACGUGGCAACCGCAGAUCUCUACAUGCAGUCGAUUCUGUUCCGAAGGCCCUCGGACCACCUCACCCUGACGCGCCCUAUGGCCUCGGUGCUUGAUCGUUGCGAAGAGGCCGUCCGAGCCGGCCACACGCAGGGACUCAUCCUGCCGCUCUGCUUUGCGGCAGCAUCAGCUCCCCGUCUCGGCCGCGAGCGUAUCCGCGCGAUCCUCUUCGACCUGCACCGUGCCUGCCACUUGGACAUGGACAGGAUCCAUGAGCGCCUUGAACUCCUCUGGCGACUCGUCGAUGCCCGCUCGGUCCCUCUCGAUCUCGGUCUGCUCGCCGACGUGGCCUGCUACAGCUGGUCGCUCUAG